UAGCGCUCAGUAGACUGAUGAUUUCUUGUUUCAAGUACUAGAUACCGUUUAUUAACUAAAUAAGUAGUCUAGCUUGAAGAAGAUGGAUGAUCGGUUUUGUAAUUGCAGUUUUAGAAUUUAACAUGAUAACCGUGGUGAAUUUUUUUGUAUGUUUUCACACGCGCAACUUUUUCGAUGAAAGCCUAAAGGAGAGGCACGUGUUUGUAUAUAUUUGUGUGGGUGAAUUUGUGAUUAUUUAAGUAUAUAACAGCUGCAUCUUUUUCGUCUGAAAAGUCGGAUUCUUUAAGUUUGAAAGAGGGUUUUUGUUUCUUCUUGUUUACUAUUGAUGUUUGGUAAUCCAGCUUACGGUAAGAAUUAGGUGGGUGCUUUCUGAAACUUCUUUUCUAAUACUAACUUUUGAUAAUCUAGAGUGUAUGGUUUGUAAGAUAAGAAUUUGGUGGAUACCCUUUUGAAGCCUUUCUUGGGGAAGCUGUAAGCUAUGUGUAUUAGAUAUUGAUUCAGUUUUGUAGUGAAUAAUGUUGAUUGUUUAUGCUAUUUUAGAUUCUGGCGUUUACAAUUCAAAAUGGAAUUAUUGCUUGUUAAUGAUCCAUGGCCGAGGGAGCGCACUGAAUAUUGUUCUGAAACGGGGAUCAGAAUUCUAUGAUAAUUUCAUGAUACUAACCAAUUAUUUGCUGGAUCGUACUUAAAUGGGAGGAAUUUGUUCAAGGAAAAGAGACCAACAGGUAAUUGAAGAUAGGGUGCAAAGAGGAGUCUCUGGAAGAUACUCCAGAAGUAGCAGUUCAAAAUGGCUGGGAAGCUCAUUUUCUUGGCCUGUGGCAGAUCGUCGGCAUGGAGGAGUCAGUUGCUCCUCUCUCUUGGAAUUAUGCAUUUAUAAAAUACGAGAGGACAUUGAAAAUUAUGGAUCAUUUUCAAUGCUGCCAAGGGAUAUAAGUCAACAAAUCUUCAAUGAAUUGGUAUAUUCUCAUCGUCUAACAGAUACUUCCCUUGAAGCAUUUAGAGAUUGUGCUCUCCAGGAUGUGUUGUUGGGUGAAUAUCCUGGAGUGGAGGAUAGUUGGAUGGAUGUCAUCUCCUCUCAAGGUUUAUCUUUACUUGCUGUUGAUCUUUCUGGUUCUGAGGUGACAGAUAUUGGGUUAGCUCUUCUCAAAGAUUGCCUGAACCUGCAAGCCUUAACUUGUAACUACUGUGAUCACAUUACACAGCUUGGACUUAUGCAUAUAAGUGAUCUUAAGCAUUUGAAAUCCUUGAGCUUUAAGAAGAGCGAUGCUGUUACUGCUGAAGGAAUGCGUGCCUUUUCCAGCUUAGCUAGCCUGGAAAAGUUAGACUUGGAGAGAUGUUCUGAGAUUCAUGGUGGGCUCGUUCAUCUUAAAGGCUUAAUGAAGCUUGAAUCUCUUAACAUCAGGUGUUGCAAAUGUAUCAGAGAUUCAGAUAUGAAGGUCCUCUCAGGUCUUACUAAUCUGAAGGAGUUGCAAAUUUCGAACACUAACAUUACAGAUUCCGGAGUUUCUUAUUUGAGAGGUUUGGGCAAGCUACAUAUGUUGAACUUGGAGGGAUGCAAUGUUACUGCUGAAUGUCUGGAUACACUUUCAGCUCUUGUUGCCUUGUCAUACUUGAAUCUCAACAGAUGCAAUAUAUCUGAUGAUGGGUGUGAUAAAUUUUCAGGACUUAGGAACCUGAAGGUAUUGAGCCUGGGAUUCAAUAAUAUAACAGAUGCAUGUUUGGUGCACCUAAAAGCAUUGACAAAGUUGGAGAGCUUGAACUUGGACUCUUGUAGGAUUGGUGAUGAAGGACUCGCUAAUUUAACAGGUCUUCCACUCUUGAAGAGUUUGGACUUGUCUGAUACUGAAGUAGGAAGCAAUGGGCUGAGUCAUCUCUCUGGUUUGACUCAUCUUGAAAACUUAAACCUGUCAUUCACCUUAGUAACUGAUGGAGGGUUGAGAAGAUUGUCUGGACUGACAUCACUUAAAUCACUUAAUCUGGAUGCUCGCCAAAUUACAGAUGCUGGUCUUGCCUUUCUGACAAAUCUGACUGGAUUGAUGCAUCUGGAUCUUUUCGGCGCUCGCAUUUCGGAUCGUGGGACAAAUUAUUUGCGAAACUUGAAGAAUCUUCAUUCUCUUGAAAUAUGUGGUGGAGGACUAACUGAUGCUGGCGUGAAGAAUAUCAAAGAUCUUGCCUCCCUUAAACUGUUGAACCUCUCACAAAACUACAACCUCACAGACAGAACUUUAGAAAUGCUUUCUGGAUUAACUGAAUUAGUUUCGCUAAAUGUUUCAAAUUCUCGCGUAACCAAUGAGGGGUUGCAGUAUCUUAAGCCUUUGAAGAAUCUACGUUCGCUUUCUUUGGAGUCAUGCAAGGUGACAGCAUCUGAAAUUAGGAAGCUUCAAGCAACUGCCCUGCCUAAUCUGGUGAGCUUCAGGGCAGAGUAGCUUUGGACCCAGUUGUAUAUAGGUUGCUAUCAAAGAAGUCUCAUGUACAGCUUGAUUAAGUUAAUAUGAAGACGUAAAUUCCUCCCAUUCUCUGCAAUGGAGCCAGGGAACUGGGACAAAUUCUCAGAUUUUAUGUAUCAAUCCAUGUGAAUAUCGCUAGCCUUUGAAUUUGGAUCUCUUUAUUUGCAGAAGUUGUACAUAUGUUGGCAAACUAGUUUACCUGUCCUGAAAUGGGAAUUCAAUGGAUUCUAUCUGAAUUUGAUAUAUUUCAUAUUUUCUUCAAUAAUAUUGCAGAUAUGUCAUUAUA